AUGUCUGCUGUAGAAUCACUAUAUGCUGAUUCUUCUGUUCCAACGUCAACAAAUCAACGUAAAAAACCUGAACGUAUCUAUGAAUGGUAUGCAUGGUCAUAUUUUAAUAUAAUUUUCGGCUGUUUAAUAAUGGGUUUUAUCGCCAUGUUUCUAUCUCUACGAACGACACGAUAUAAAGAUUCUGAAAAUGAUUCCAAAGCUCGUAUUUGGUCUCGUAUUACUUUAGUGUGGAACAUAUUGGCAACAUCGACCGGCAUCGGACUAACAUUGUAUGCUAUAUUGAAAAGAUGA